AAUACGAGAGUCUGAUUGAUCGACCAUCCAGUUCCCCAUCAAUCCUCCGUGAAUGCGAUGCAUCUCCAACAUUGUCGUAUCAUCACGAGUCUAUCUCAUCAGAACGCGUCACAACACUCGGAGCAACACCAAUGACACCGGCACAGGAAAUCGCAAUCAAACAUGAAACCAAGCCCGCAGAGCCCAUUCCCAACUUUUCUCGCCUUCUCCUGAUCCUACAUGAUCUCCGGAAGCGUGGGAUGUCUCGCCCGUUACGAACCGUCGUCUGCAAUAUGCUUUUGCACCGAUACGGCCGGGAGGUAUUCGUAUCUGCUAGUGUAGAUACCUGGACACAGUAUGCGGCUGCGGCGGAGAGCUUGGGUAUUGUAACGCUUGGCGGUGAGCAGGGGGAUACCUGGAUUUCUCUGAAUGAGACGCGAUUUCUCUCGUUCCAAGCGUAUUUGGAAAAAGUCGAACAGCAGGAGAACAAGCCUGAGGAGCCGCAGCCGCCUUUCAUGCCUACUAUACCUGUGUCCGCGGAACAUGCUAAUGCCGAGUUGCCCGCUGCAAGCCAACUUCGCGAAGACAUUGCACAAGAAACUGGUGCUGUCGAAACACGCGUGUCCAUUGACCCCACUCCUCUCGACUCUAAUGACACGAAGGGACAGUCGUCUGCCCUGCCACCCAUUCCUAUUUAUUACUACGACUUGCUUGUCAUCCUGGAGACGUUCAUGAAGCGUGGCGUAUACUCGCCGUGGUGCGAGGACGUUUCUCACGCCCUUUUACAGCGAAAUCCGAAUAUCUAUCAAUAUGCUGGCGUGGAAACUUGGGAAGCAUACGCAAUUCAGGCAUCCAAGCUAUGCAUGGUCGUCCUCGGGUCAUCAAACGGGGCCGACUGGAUUGCACUGAAGCCUUCUUGGUACGAUGUAGUCCCAGCAAGCUAUGCGGCAGAGGUGCACGACCAUGUCUCCGGCUCCGCGGUGGAAGCUCUGUCUGUUCAGCCAACGCUGAUGCUCGACCAUCCACAUUCACCGACAUCGAGCGUAUCGCCGCAAGAUGGACAUACACAAACAACGCUGUCAUCCCUUGCACCCCAUUUCUUGGCACUUGUUACGGUGCUGGAGAGGUUCAGACGACAAAAUAUUACGCAUCCCAUGCGCUCCAAAGUGAACGCUGCGCUCAUGGAAGAGGAUCCGAAUGCGUUUCAAUGGGCAGGAGUGACGCGUUGGAAAGAAUUUGCCGACUUGGCCGUACAAGAAGGUAUUGUCGUCUUGGGCGGGUUGCGAGCGGCGCCAUGGAUUUCUUUGGAACCUACAUGGCACGGCAAAGUUCACCCUCACUGAUCCACUUAGCCUCAGCACGCAUGCACGACGGAUCCUUUCUGUCCACGAAUUGGUCACGAAUUGUUAUGGAGGUGCUGAUAUACACACUAUUUGGGUGAAUGGAGGAUGUCGGUGACUAGCGGAUACAGUGUCUUUCGAAUUCGCACUACAAUUACUUGUUCGCCCAGAUGUGGAUGUAUGUAAUAAUACUUGAUAUGCACACAAGAUACCCGGUAUAUCGCCCUAUUUGAAUGCUGAGCUUCACAUGCACCCAGAUGUCACGUUGGGCUCACAAGCACUUCCAACAACAAUUCUUUUGCAAUGGCCUAACCUGAUGCACCGAGGGUCGUCCAUACUUUGAGAACGUCGUCGAGCUCGUCGAACUC